CUGAUGUUGUUUUCUCCGCCGCACAUUUAUCUAACUGUCGACCCGUCCGUAGCGACGAGCUACUCGGAACCUGCUGCCCGGGUUCCCGCCCUGAAUGGACUACCAGUGCACCGAGACACCAUGAACACACCUUUUUAAUUCCACAGCACAGAGCAAGAGAACAACUACCAGGGAAGCGCGGGGAUGCUUCGCGCGCGUGUUGUGAGAGUAAUGAUAAGUAUUUAGACAACUCGCUCAUUAACUAGUAAUUACAUAAGUGGCGUUUAAACCGCCAGUGUGGUUCGCGUGUUUGCUAGCAGCUAAAAUUAGAACAACUCGCUGCCACAGAGGACACGGUGGUGUUUAUUCAGCGGGACUUUUUCGAUUUUUCAUCAAAGCACCUUUGGAUUUUUUAACACAAAGCAAGUGUGGAGCCGAGGACGAGGUCAACACAAACCAACACAGACCUGAAUCAUAGAGAGAGAUGACCCUAGUUUUGUCCAUGAAUCCUUUCCUGGACCCAGAGGGAGACCCUCCGCCCUCCACAUUCCCACCCAUAUGGGAAUCGAAGCGCUGCACUAAGACCUGCCUGUCGGACCCAGCCCCCCCCUGCAGCUCUGAAGAGCCAUGUGCACAAGCCCCCCCCUGCAGACGAGCUCCUGAUCAUGUCUCAGUAUCAAGGAUUGCGUACUUCAAGAGGAAGUUUGUGGAUGAUGAGGAUGAGCCGCCCUUCAGCUUCAGGACGUACUGCCAGACUGUUGCUCCGGUGCUGGAGGAGCGCGCCCACGUGCUGCGCCUCUCCCUGGAGAAGAUGCGCUUCAUCGACGACCCCGAGGCCUUCCUCCGGCGCUCCGUCCUCGUGAACAACCUCCUCCGGCGCCUGCGGACCGAGAUCCUCCUCCAGAGCGCCGACUGGUGCUUCCCUCCAAACGCCGCCUUCACCCCCGGCCCCCCGGCCCCCAGCGCUAACCCCUCCCACCAGGCCCUCCACGGAGCAGUGCCCACCCGCAUCUGCUUAGCACCCCAAGCCGGACCUCCUUUCCGUAAGCGCUUCCGGGUGGUCCGUGCGGGGCAGGGGGAUCUACGCCCCGACUCCGCCCAGACGUGCUGCUGCAUCUACGCAGCGGCGGCGACUGCAGGACACUACCUCCACCUGCCUUUCUCCAUGUACGACGCAGCACUCUCCACCUGCCCGUCUGCACCGCACUCCUCUUUCUUUCAGCUAGCUGGCCAUAGUAAGUUAGGGCUGACAGUGGCAAUAGAAGAGCAUGACGAUGAGGAUGAAGAGGAGGAGGAAGAAGAGGAAAAUGAAGAUGAAGAAGAGGGGGAGGAAGAAGAAGAUGAUAGAAGAGAGGCAGGGACUUCCCUGGAUGUUGUUAAGGACAAGUCAAGCCAGAAAAGCAGGACUAGGACCUUGCUGGGUCACGCACACACAAGGACAGAGGAAGACCGCUGCAUGGCAGAUAGGGAGGAAGAGGAGGAGGAAGAGGAGCAGGAGGAAGAGGAGGAAGAAGAGGAGGAAGGCCAGGUUGUUCUUCAAAAAGUCAGCCCGUGGCACCGCAGGGCUCAUAGACACUGAUCUUGCUUUCUGAGAAUGUAAAUGUAACGAUGACGACAGCUGUCCUCAGAUGAAGAUACUUUCUCCUCAGACGAUGGAGGUGUGAGCUACCUACUAUAGUAAUGCCAAGUCAGCUUUAUUUGAAUGCGCUAAUACAGUGGUGCAUGUUUUUGUAGGCCGACCCGGAAGUUAGCAUCACAGGGGCUCCCUCAACAAAUAUCAAAUGUGAUUUUUCCAUUGGAUUUUGGAAUAUUGCAGAAAAUAAGCUCUGUGGCAAACACAUGUUUAUGAUACUUAACAGGUUUCAUUCAGAAUGAUAAUCUCCACAUAUUAACAUAUAUUUUUCGUAACGUUUUGACGGCAAAGUUGAAAGUUGACUCGCGUCUAUCUGCGUCUUUACAUUGAUUUGACCGGACGCGAUGCGACCCAAAAAUCAUAUCUCGUCCGGUGUGAACGCACCAUCAGACAUUCACCAGUGGGAUAUUAACUGACGUAUUCUAUGUUGUAAAACAAAACAUGGAAAUCUCUUCAGCUUGUGUUAACCGCAGACCUUAUUUUGGAAAUAUAACAUUACAACAACAAAUAAGUUUAAAAACCUUCGACUUCAAGACGAGGGAGCUUAGGUGUGCUAAAAUGCUAACUCAUUUCCAGAGCUUAGGACUCAUUCCUGCACUACUCUAUAAACUUCAGGAUUGCGCACAUAUAAACUUUAUUAUUUUGCUUGUGUUAAGAUCACAUUAAAAUAAACUACAUAGGAAGAUCUUGGCCACUGUUGGCACUGGAAUACUUUCGAGAGAUAGAUAGAUAAAUAGGCUACGGUCACAUAGAGUGGGAUCUUCAAUCCUAAAAGUGAAGUGAAGGGUCUCCAAGACCAUUUUUACAGCCCCACAGCACAAAACUAAAGGUCUUAGUGGGGUUUAUAUUGGUGCACCGGUCUUGUUUCAGGACCCUAAACAAGCCUACAAAAGGUGUUGUGGAUUUGGGAGUGUGUGCUUCUGUGCGUGUAUGUGCGUGUGUCAGCGAGAUAUUAUGUAGCAUUUUAAAACUUGAUUUAAGCAGUUGUUUUAAUUAAACAUGGGUAUAUUUUAAAGCUGUCUCAGGCAAUGGCGCGCGACUGUGCUGCAGUGGCGGCAUCAUGUGUUUUUCUUCAAAUUACUUUAAGAAACAACAAUCAUAAACAUUUAAAAUGUUAAAUCUCAAGUUCAAGUGCCUUAGUGUUUUUAUAGAUUCUUGUAUAUUGUGUGUUAGUGUAAUUGUUCUUGUUGCUAAGUAUCUUGCAUUCCAAGUGACUGCGUUUGACUGAAACAGGACAUAGGCAUGUAGUUAAAUGCUGGGAUUCUGUGUCUAUGAAAGCUCAAACUGAAUUUCAACACCCAAAAUGCAUGUUUUCUAGCAUUACGUGUCUUGACAACGCACAAACUUGAAAGCAACUUUCAAGUGAAGUUGCUAAAGUCUUGUUCAAAACCUCCUUUACUUAGAUUCAAUCAGGAGAGGCUUGUUAUGGUUGGGUCGUUCUGUCCAUUGAUGAAGUUUCACCAAAAGUCUGCAGCAUUAUGGAUUAUAACCAAUAAGGUUCAUCACGGAAAUACAUGUAUAGCAAACACAACAGGACAAGUCAGAUUCACUCAGUUCUAUUUGAAGUUAAAGGAAUAGUUUGUCAUUUUAGGGGAUAUACUUGCAAUUAAAACCUUUUUGCAGUAACAGUACUGGCACUUCUAAAGCUGACUAAAUGACAUGUUAUAUAUCCCAAUGGUUUUACGAGGGGAGCCUUACUCUGGCUAGAUUUGUAAAACUGUACAUAGAUUCACGACCAAAGUUUUUGGUACGCACAAAAACAGAAAUAUGCAUACGCAGAUUUAUAAAGGUUCAUGAUGUUGCUCAUGACAUUGUUUUGGGUCCCUGUGCUUAAAGGUGGGGUAUGUAAUUUAUUUCAGAAACACUUUUUGUUAUAUUCCAUGGAAUGCUCUUAACA